AUGUCUGCUUGGCGAAAAAAAUUCACACGAAGAUCACAAAGAAUAAGCGAAAAUAAUGAAAUCUUUUUGAAUAAUACAGUAAAAUAUCGUAAAAAGUUACAAGCAGCAAUACAUCAAAUAAAUCGAACUAAAAAAUGUACACAACGAAAUAUAGAUAAUCCUGAUUCUGAUAUACAUGUUGCACGACUUAUUAAUGAUAUUGGUCAAUUAUCGGAUUGUAAAUCUUUACAGGAAAUUAAUAGUCUAAUUGAUUCAUUAGCAAUGCGACAUCAAUUAUCAUCACGAAUAUUUAACGAAUAUGCUAUGAAUUCACUUCAACAGUCAUUAGAAAAAUUACAUAAUAAUCUAUCAAAUGAUUUUAAUAAAGUCGAAUCUGUAUUUGAAGAAGCUGUAACAAAUCAUUGUUCUGACCAUACAAAAAAACAAUUAUUUAAUAAAGUUGAAUUUGAAUGGGCUAAACAUAAAAAAUUAGCAAUUACAGAAUUAAAACAUGGUUUAUCAUCCUAUUGUGACAUUGGUUUAUACAAUCUUAGAAUUCAAAUAGCUAUGCUUGAAAAAUUUCAAAACUUUGUUGAUCAAUUAUCUCCUGAUGAGAAUGAUGCAAAUACUGGAUUACCCAAUUUUAAUGCUAAUAGUUUACAAACUCGAAUGGAAAUCGAUACUAUGUUACGUAUUAUGCUUGAUAGAGCACCAAAUAAUCCAAAUUCUUUACCUAAUUCUAAACAACCAAAAUUUCUUAAUAAUCAAUUAGUUCUAUCAAAUUCUCUCUAUUCACCUGAAAUAACUGAAGCAGCAACUCGGUCACAUGGGCAAUCAUUAAGAGAACAAAACGCAUGUCUUAUUCCACAAUAUCCUUCUAUGAUUCAUUCGGUAACUACUGCUAGUGCACAAAUACCACAACAUGAAUCAAUGAUGAUUACACCUAUUACUCCAAAUAACGAUCGAUAUCAAAGUAAAUUAAUUCACAACGAAGAUCUAAAACAUAAGUCAGAUCAAAUAUAA